GUGGGAGUCCUGAAGGGACGCCCCAGCCCAUCGCGUGUUGUUUGUCUCAUUGCAGGAGGGAAUCCCAAAGGGAAGUUUGCUCUGGGAUUGGUUCAGAAUGAGUGGAAGGUUUAUGUUAAAAGGCCUCUAGAUCGGGAAGAGCAAGACGUUUAUUAUCUGAACAUCACCGCCACAGAUGGCCUCUUUGUAACCCAAGCUGCUGUGGAAGUGACCGUCACUGACGUUAAUGAUAAUAAUCCAGUUUGUGAACAGGUUGCAUACACAGCACUGUUUCCUGAAGACAUACCAUCAAACAAAGUCAUUCUUAAAAUCAGUGCUAAAGAUGCAGACAUUGGGUCCAACGGUGAAAUUCGCUACUCUCUCUAUGGUGCUGGGAACAAUAAGUUUUUCUUAGAUCCAGAAAAUGGUGAGCUGAAAUCCUUGGCCCCUCUCGACCGAGAGAAAAUCCCUGCGUACAACUUGGUUGCCCGAGCGACAGAUGGUGGUGGCAGGUUUUGCCAGUCAGAAAUCCAUCUUAUUUUAGAAGAUGUUAAUGACAAUCCACCAGUGUUUUCAUCUGAUCACUACACCGCAUGCGUCUAUGAAAAUACAGCCACUAAAGCUUUGUUAACAAGAGUCCAAGCCACUGAUCCUGAUGUUGGUGUGAACAGAAAAGUUACCUAUUCCCUGGCAGACUCUGCAGGUGGUUACUUCUCAGUCGACCGGUCAUCAGGAAUCAUUAUUUUGGAGCAUCCACUUGAUAGAGAGCUUCAGUCUUCCUAUAACAUCAGUGUAAAGGCCUCAGAUCAGAGCAUUGUGCUGACCUUGUCCUCGUUUGCUACCGUUACCAUUACAGUGCUGGACAUAAAUGACAACCCCCCUGUGUUUGAAAGAAGAGAUUAUCUUGUUACAGUACCUGAAGACACCUCACCUGGCACUGAGGUCCUUUCUGUUUUUGCUACGAGCCAAGACAUUGGUACUAAUGCUGAGAUUGCCUAUGUCAUCAGGUCGGGCAAUGAGAAAGGGAAGUUCAGGAUUAACUCAAAAACAGGAGCGAUUUCCAUUUUUGAAGCUUUGGAUUACGAAUCAUGUAAGGAUUUCUACUUAGUAGUAGAAGCAAAAGAUGGAGGUACUCCAGCUUUGAGCGCCGUCACGACCGUGAAUGUAAACGUGACGGAUGUUAAUGACAACGCACCGAAAUUCAGCCAGGUGGUCUACAGCGCGGUCAUCAGCGAGGACGCUGCCAUCGGUGACUCGGUGAUAAUGUUGAUAGCAGAAGAUCUGGACAGUCCUUCCAAUGGCCAGAUUCAUUUUUCCAUAGUGAAUGGGGAUCGAGACAAUGAAUUUUCUGUUGAUCCUGUUUUGGGACUCGUGAAGGUUAAAAAGAAAUUGGAUAGAGAAAGGAUAUCUGGUUAUUCAUUAGUUAUCCAGGCAAGAGAUAGCGGCACCCCUCCUUUGUCUUCAUCUGUGACGGUCAACGUGGACAUUUCCGAUGUGAAUGAUAAUAGCCCUGUAUUUACUCCAGCUAAUUAUACAGCUGUAAUUCAAGAAAAUAAACCAGUGGGCACAAGCAUUUUGCAGCUGGUAGUGACAGACAAAGACUCUUUUCACAAUGGCCCCCCUUUUACCUUCACCAUCCUCACUGGCAAUGAAGAGGAGGAGUUUACGCUGGACCCUCACGGUGUCUUGAGAUCUGCAGUCAUCUUCAAGCACAUGGUUGCAACCGAGUAUGUGCUCUGCGUGCAGGCAAAGGACUCUGGAAAGCCUCAGCAGGUUUCCCACACCUACGUUCAGGUGAGAGUUAUUGAAGAGAGCAUUCACAAACCGACUGCCAUUCCACUGGAGAUUUUCAUUGUCACCAUGGAAGACGAUUUUCCUGGCGGAGUCAUUGGGAAAAUUCAUGCCACAGACCAGGAUGUGUAUGAUGUCCUCACAUAUACGCUAAAAUCAGAGCAGAAAAGUUUGUUCAAGGUCAACAGCCAUGAUGGAAAGAUCAUUGCGCUUGGAGGGCUUGAUAACGGCAAGUAUGUCCUGAACGUCUCUGUCAGUGAUGGCCGGUUCCAGGUACCCAUCGACGUUGUGGUCCACGUUGAGCAGUUGCUACAAGAAAUGCUGCAGAACACAGUCACCAUCCGUUUUGAGAACGUUUCCCCGGAAGACUUUGUGGGCCUUCACAUGCACGGGUUCAGGCGUACCUUGCGAAACGCAGUGCUCUCCCAAAAACAAGACAGCCUGCACAUCAUCAGUAUUCAGCCGGUGGCAGGCAGCAGUCAGCUUGACAUGCUGUUUGCGGUUCAGAUGCACAACGGUGGUUUCUAUAAGCCUGCCUAUUUGAUUCAGAAGCUUACCAAUGCAAGGAGACACUUGGAAAAUGUGAUUCGUAUUUCUGCUAUCUUGGAGAAGAAUUGCUCUGGACUAGAUUGUCAGGAACAACACUGUGAGCAAAGUCUAUCUAUUGAUUCGCAUUCGCUGAUGACCUAUAGCACAGCACGAAUUAGUUUUGUGUGCCCCCGCUUUUACAGGAAUGUGCGCUGCAUGUGCAAUGGCCACACUUCCCUUAGCUUUGCUGGGAAUAGCUACAUUAAAUACCGGGUUUCUGAAAAUAGCAAGAAAGAGGAAUUCAAGUUGGCUCUCCGUCUGCGAACGCUGCAAAGCAAUGGGAUUAUCAUGUACACCAGAGCGAAUCCCUGCAUAAUUCUGAAGAUUGUCGACGGCAAACUGUGGUUCCAGUUGGACUGCGGGAGUGGACCGGGAAUCCUGGGAAUUUCUGGCAGAGCCGUUAACGAUGGAAGCUGGCAUUCGGUCUUCCUGGAGCUGAAUCGCAAUUUCACAAGCUUGUCCCUGGACGACAGCUACGUGGAGCGCCGCAAAGCCCCCCUCUAUUUCCAGACGCUCAGCACCGACAGCUCUGUCUACUUCGGGGCCCAGGUCCAAGUGGAUAACGUCCGCAGCCUGACCGACAAGAGAACGACGCAGGUCUUGAGCGGCUUUCAGGGCUGCCUGGAUUCGGUUGUCCUGAAUAACAACGAGCUGCCGCUCCAGAACAAGCGCAGCAGCUUCGCGGAGGUGGUUGGCCUGACGGAACUGAAGUUGGGCUGCGUCCUGUACCCCGACGCCUGCGAGCGGCACCCCUGCCAGAACGGCGGCACCUGUACCAGCGUGCCGUCUGGCGGCUACCAGUGCAAUUGCCUCUCCCAGUUUACGGGAAGGAAUUGUGAGUCAGAGAUCACAGCCUGCUUCCCAAAUCCCUGCCGGAAUGGAGGCUCAUGUGAUCCCAUCGGCAACGCUUUCAUCUGCAACUGCAAAAAUGGCCUGACGGGAGUAACGUGUGAAGAAGAUAUCAACGAGUGUGAAAGAGAAGAAUGUGAAAAUGGGGGCUCCUGCGUCAACAUAUUUGGUUCAUUUCUGUGUAACUGCACCCCUGGCUAUGUGGGGCAAUACUGUGGUCUUCGCCCUGUGGUGGUUCCCAAUAUACAAGCUGGGCAUUCGUAUGUUGGCAAGGAGGAGCUGAUAGGAAUAGCCGUGGUCCUCUUUGUCAUAUUUGUGUUGAUUGUCCUCUUUAUAAUUUUUCGCAAGAAAGUUUUCAGGAAGAACUAUUCCCGCAACAACAUCACGCUCGUACAGGAUCCGGCUACUGCCGCCCUGCUCAACAAGAGCAACGGCAUCCAGUUCAAGAACAUCAGGAACAGCGGAGACAGCAGAAAUAUCUACCAAGAGGUUGGGCCUCCACAGGUCCCGGUGAGGCCAAUGGCCUAUACCCCAUGCUUCCAGAGUGACUCGAGGAAUAACCUGGACAAGAUAGUGGAUGGGCUUGGUGUGGAGCACCAGGAGAUGACGACGUUUCAUCCUGAGUCCCCUCGAAUACUGACAGCCAGGCGGGGAGUGGUGGUGUGCAGUGUGGCUCCGAACUUGCCCGCUGUGUCUCCCUGUCGCUCCGACUGUGACUCCAUCAGGAAGAGCACAUGGGAUGCUGGGACGGAAAGAAGUAAUAAAGGCAGCAACUCUGAAGUACAGUCCCUCAGCUCCUUCCAGUCUGAUUCUGGUGAUGAUAAUGCUUCCAUAGUGACUGUCAUACAGCUUGUCAACAAUGUAGUUGACACUAUAGAAAAUGAAGUGUCUGUUAUGGAUCAAGGACAGAACUACAACAGAGCGUAUCAUUGGGAUACCUCUGACUGGAUGCCAAGUGCUCGCUUGUCCGACAUUGAGGAAGUGCCCAACUUUGAGACAGCAGAUGGAGGCUCGGCUCAUCACGGCAGUGCCAGAGAGCUGGAAACAGAUUACUACCUUGGUGGCUACGACAUCGACAGCGACUACCCUCCCCCUCACGAAGAGGAGUUUUUAAGCCAGGACCAGUUACCACCUCCUCUUCCAGAGGAUUAUCCGGACCAAUACGAAACCCUCCCGCCCUCGCAGCCAGUGUCAAUGGCAAGUACACUCAUCCCCGAUUGCAGGCGACGGCCACACUUCCACCCUAGCCAAUACCUCCCUCCUCACCCGUUCCCCAGUGAGACGGACGCCACAGGGUCUCAGACUGGGAACGAAUUUAGUACUUUUGCUGUUGGCCCAAGCCAGAACACAGAAAAUGUUAGUGCAGGUAAGGUGCCCUUAUCCUUGCACAACUCUCUAGAUGCCUCCUCCUCUGACGUCUCAGCCAGCUGCGGCUUUGAUGACUCCGAAGUAGCUGUGAGUGACUAUGAAAGCGUGGAGGAACUCAACCUAGAAAAUGUUCACAUUCCAUUUGUGGAGACCCAGCAUCAGACACAAGUGUAA